AAAUCUUGAAGCCAUCGUAGUGUUUGUGGUAGGAAGGCGCAUUGCUGAAAUCAGUAGUGUCCCAUCGCUAGCUGCUGGCCUUUUGUUUGGGAGUUUGGCUGGACUGGGUGCUUAUCAGCUCUCACAGAAUCCGAAUAAUGUUUGGAUUUCUCUGAUUACAUCUGGAACACUGACUGCCGUCAUGGGAACAAGAUUUUACAACUCUGGAAAAUUCAUGCCUGCGGGGCUAAUUGCUGGUGUCAGUUUGCUAAUGGUUGGAAGAUUAGCGCUGAAGAUGAUGGAACAGCCCCACGAUAAGUAA